UCCCAGUACUGGGAAGGCAGAUCUCUGAGUCUAUAUAGUGAGUUCCAGGCCAGCUAGGCUACAUAGAAAGACUUUGUCUCAUAAAAAAAUAAAAAUUUAAAUAAACUCAGAUUCUGCCCCUGGGACUCAAUGAGGACAAGCCACUUCAGAGAGGCUCUACAAAACAGGCUGAAUGAAGGGUGACACAGUUCAGGGCAGACAUCUCUUGCCUUAGUCCUGGCCUCAGAGGCUGAAAGACAAGGAUGGGUAGAAGGCAGGGCUUGGGGAGGAACCAGCCUUGGCUCCACCCUUCCCACUUCAGAGCCAUGGGGAGCCCAGGUCCUGGUGGGUCACCCCUAGUGCAAGCACCCUACACUGUUCUGCUGCUGCCACUGGAGACAAGCCGCCAGGACCCAGGGGCCCAGAACUUCUUCCUCUGGCUGCAGAUGAUGCAGGCUCUGGAGAGGGAACAGGAUGCUCUGUGGCAAGGCCUGGAGCUGCUGGAGCAUGGCCAAGCCUGGUUUGCAGACCACCUAAGGGAGUCACAGCGACGACAGCUGCAUCUGGGGGCCCUUGGUGAGGAUUUCCUAAUGAGCUUAGACUCAGAGGCUGACUCCCUACAGCUAACCCAGAUUCAAAAGGUGAACGCUUGUUUGCGAAGUCUAGUUCAGAAGGAGUUGUCAAAGCAGCAUGAAGAAGUCACCCAGUCCAAGGGAGAAGUGGCUCAGCCAGGCUACCCCCAGGGGCAGAGGGGCCCUACCCGUGUGUGAGCCCUUCCCUCCCAACACUGCUCAGUAGGAGCGAAGUUGGAGUCAGAAUGCCCCCCACAGUCCCCACACACCUUAUCUCAUCCUGACCCAGCAGCCAGUGGCUUCAGGCUGUGGGUCAAUCUCCUAAAAGUGUCCACCGCAUCUUGAUGUCCCUUACUCUACCCAGUACAUGUGCGAAAGCCACCUUCCUUCAGUGUCUCUGGGGAGAAGGCACGAUCCCUGAAACCUCCUUCAGCUUAAAGUAAAACUAAGCUAAAGAAGCUGCCCUGGAAUUUAAAGUGAAAACUGCACUUGCUGGUGCCCUUGCCCUGCCCCUGCCCUGCCCUGCCCUGCUCUGCC